UAGUGUAACUUCUUUCCACCAACUUAUCUUGCCACCAAUUUUGCAGUUGGCAAACAAGACACAAGGAGCAGUGGGGUGGGCAGUUCGGAUCAUCAUGAAAAAGAAAGGAUUAAAUCCAGCAAAGUCUAUGAAUUGCUGCCGCAUCCGACGUUUUCUAACAAAGUUGGCUGGCUAAAGACAGUUCUUCCACAUUUCCAGCAUGUCAAGCUUCAAGGAAACAACUGCAAACCUUUCUGCCUGCGAUGAUGAUGCCACAAUCUGCACCGGUGCUAACUGCCUUGCGCCAACCACUGACUUAAAUGCAAAAUUGAAUCUGGCAUUAAGUAUUGUUUUCACUGUCAUGCAAGCGAUGAUCAUGCUUGCCAUGGGCUGCUCUAUGAAUGCCCAUAAACUUUGGGGGCACCUGAAGAGACCCUGGGGCAUCGUUAUUGGUUUUCUCUGCCAAUUCGGCAUAAUGCCUUUUACUGCCUUUGCAUUAUCAUUUGCAUUUAAUGUGCUACCUGUUCAGGCAAUUGCUAUCAAUAUUCUGGGUUGCUGUCCUGGAGGCGCCAUUUCCAAUAUUAUCUGUCGCUUGCUUGAUGGAGACAUGGACCUAAGUGUUACUAUGACAGCCUGUUCCACCACACUGUCCAUGGGAAUGAUGCCACUAUGUCUUUUCAUAUACACCUCCAUCUGGACUUCGGCAGACGCCAUCCAAAUUCCAUAUGAUACAAUUGGUGUCACUCUUGUAGCCUUCAUUGUUCCAGUCACUGUUGGACUGUGCAUUAAACAUAGAUGGCCCCACUAUGCUAAAAAGAUCCUCAAGUUUGGAACCAUUGCAGGUGUUGUUUUCCUUGUCAUCAUUUCUGUGGUUGGGCUGAUUCUUUACCAGUCUUCCUGGAGCAAUGGCCCCUACCUUUGGAUAAUCGGAACAAUCUACCCCUUUAUUGGCUUUGGGAUGAGUUUCCUUUUGGCUUACUUUGUGGGUCAACCAUGGCACAGGUGCCGAACAAUUGCUGUGGAGACUGGUAUUCAGAACAGUCUGUUGUGUAACACAAUUAUUCAGUUGUCCUUUGGACCAGCUGAAAAGGAAGCCAUGUUUGCAUUCCCAGUCAUCUACAGCAUCUUUCAGCUCGUGGCAUCUGUCCUGUUUGUGGGAGGAUACCACACCUAUAAAAAGUCACAUUGUCUACAACCAGCUGAAAUAGAGGGUCAAUCUCCAUCAUUGGAAGGUGGUUAUAUUGAACAUACAAAAUAGACACACAAACGACAUUUGGAAAAUAGUACCUCUGAAUUGAAUGAGGAAUGAAUGAACACAUUGACAACAACACCCAACUCUUUCAAAUAUACAUUUUGGUUAGCGUGCACCCUCCACCCUCCUUUUAGAUAUCGUAUUAAUUAACUUUCCAUUAUACUGUAUUAGGAUGGAAAAGUAAAUUUUCUGUAUUCUCAUGGAAUUUUUAAGAAGUGAAUUGAAAAACCCACUUCCCACUCCUUUUCGAGCUAUAUAUGUAUGUAUUUGUUAUUACUUUUGUUAUCAUUACUGUUAUUAUUGUUGUUGCUGUUUUUUCCACUCUUGUUGUUGCAUUUCAUUAUUACUGUUCGAAAUAAAUCAAAUCAAAAUAAUAAACAUUUUCAUGCUAUUGAAAAAAUGUUUAUUCUUAUUUUUCUGGAACUGAUCCGGAUGAAAUGAAUUAUGAGACAAAUGAAGUCUUUCACACCCAGCCAUUUUUCAAGAGAUCCACUUCUGAACAUGCCAUUUUCAAUGUUUUACUGAUAUUUGAAGUGCCACAGAACUUUGUGUUCUAUGGCUUCAUGAACACAGAACCAACGAAAUGAGAGUUCGUUUCUACUCUUUUGCCAUUCUUAUAAGCAGAAGAACAUGAGGAAGAUUUUGGAAAAGCUUGAUUUCAGGGGAGAAUUCCUGGGAAAAAAGAGCUUUUUGUGAGAAGACAUUUCAAGCAUAACUUUGACUUUGACACUGAUAUUUUUUUUUUGCUUUCGUGACAGCUCUAAUAUCUAAACAAUAUUUUCCCACUACUGUACUGUAUAUCACAACAUACACAGC